AUGGAUUCCACUCGGCGCGAGCGGCAGCGGGAGCUCGCACGAGAGCGGCAGCGCCGACGUCGCGCAAAUCCCGAGCUUCGAGAGCGAGAAGUGCAAGCCAAGCGCCAGCGGAGGGAAGCCGCUACCGCCGAGGAUCGAGAACGGGCAGCGCAAGCCAAGCGCCGGUGGAGGCAAGCCAACCCCCAGUUUCAAGAGAAGGCAACCCAAGCCAAGCGUCAGCAGAGGCAAGCUAACCCCAAACUUCGAGAGCAGGAGGCCGAGCAGAGACGUCGACGCAGACAGAUUUCUCCCACGGAGGGUGCCGAUGGACGGUUCAAGAGAGAAUUCCUCGACCGUGAGUUCGGCCGCAGCUGCAAGUCUGGUUGCCUACAAGUCUUCGGCGCUGACUUUUGCUACUUUUGUGAUGCAGGGCAGCCGCGACAAAUUGAGACCCUGGUAUUUUUGGACUUUGAGACAACCGGCCUGCCAGGUUUUAUGCCACGGCGCAAGGUGAACGUGAUUGAGCUGUCGCUGAUUGCUGUGCCACGGAAGCUUCUGAAGAUUCCACUGCGCUACCAGCACAAGCUCACCUUUUGCGUGCAGCCAAAGAAUGCCAUUACGGUGGAGGCUGCCCGAAUCUGCGGUCUGAACAACUGGGAGCUGCAGAUGUGCCCAUCCUUUGGCGAAGUGGCCGACGUUGUGGAGAAGUUCCUGUACACCCUGCAACAGCCCAUCUGUCUUGUGGCGCACAAUGGCGACAAGUUUGACUUUCCGCUGCUGCGAGCCGAGCUGAAGCACGCCUCUCCCGGCAUCGACCUGACAGCUUUCUUCUGCUGCGACUCACUUCCAGCAUUCCGCGAGAUCUUGGGUGAUGCUGCUGACCUUCAGGAGGUAAUUGAGGUGACAGCACUGGGUGAGCUUGGUAAAGAUUUUUGGGAAGCCUUCGAAGCUGCAGAUGUUAUGUCAGUGAAUGACAGUGAUGAGGAGCUACAGUCCCAGCCUUUGGAGAGGCCAACAGAGUCGACACCACAGAAUAAAGCUUCAGCAUCUCGUGGUGUUCCACCUCCAGCGAAAAAGAGACGUGAAGCCUGUGAAGAGACUGGACAGCGCUCCCACCAAUCAGUGACGCGGAGACUUUUUCCCGAUGAUGCUCCUGCAAAUGGCAGUAAUGCCCCAUCAACAUCAGCAAUAAACAGGGCAUUUGUGAAUGGAAACAAAGCUGCUUCCUCACAGCUACACAAAGAAAGCAAUGGCCUGGCCUCAUAUGGCACUGCACUGACAGUGCCAAGCACUAAUGGCAGUUGUCACUCGGCGAAAGGUAACAGAAAAGUGAGGUUCAGCCUUGAAAGUGUUUACGAGCGUGUUGUAGGAACGAAGAUACCCUCAGCGCACGAAGCGGAGGCUGACAGCCGGGCACUCGCCGAGAUUUGUGCUCGUUUGGGAAGCCGAUUCCUAGAGUAUGUGGAUGCAAAGCACCACAUGCUCCAGAAUGUGGCCCCCAUGUGGGAAUAGGAAGGUGGUGGGUUCCAGCCUCUUGGCUUUGCUGUUACACGUGUGUGGUCCAGCCAAAAGAACUCUCUUCUAUGAGGUAUGUCGGGUUGAAGCAAUCAAUGUUUGCGCUGCAGGAGCUUCGUGGGUCGUAAAGAGUGCCAAGAUUUUUUUGAUAAAUCUGAUACAUUCUGAAAAGGCAUUUGCUGUGGGAAUUCUACAGGUGUGAAUAUAUUUGGGGGGGGGGGGGGGACUAAAUUUUAGGGUGUUGAUGUUAAGUUGUGAACAGUUGAUUGCUGGUUUAAUUUUAACCUGCCACUAAAUCAGCAACUUUUGUCACCCAAAUGCACCUCGGACAGUAUGAUAAUAUUACUAUUUAUUAAAUGAGACAAAACCCAGUGCCAGAGUUUAACCCAGUCAUUGCAUAUACAGGCUGCACAAAAAGACAUCACCGUAAUAUAUAGCAUUGCUUUAUGUAUGCAUUCAAGGAAGAUGUUUUGUAAAGGGGCCUGCAGCUACAUAGAGCAUGAAAACUUGUUAUGUAACAUUUAGCCAGAAGAAUUGUGGAAUAUCUGAAGGAAGUGUUGAGAUUCAGCAUUUUAUAGCGAUUGAGUAAAGCAGUCAGUUCAUUCUCAUAUUCUUGCCAUAAUGUGUACUUUUACAAGGCGAUCUGAGAGGUGUGAGCCCAUAUGAGCACUUACAGAAACGAGUGUUAUUUCUUUGCUGUCUUUUUUUUCUUCUCUUUCUAUCUCUUGCCAUAUGCCAAAAGCCUCCUUCACUUCUUUUCAUGGCAUGGCAAGUUCCCAUAAACAAAGUUACAUCUUCUUGUUUACCACAAACAAGUCUCACAUGCAAUUAAUGACUAUGGGAGUUAUGCUGCUCAGAAAACACGCAACUGCAUCAACUCAACAUGUAGAAUCGUCUUUUUCAUCGAAGGCAAACGUAGAUGCUGUGAGUGGCUGCUGGUUGUAUUACUUCCUUCAAGUACAGUAGAGUAUGUCAUGAGCAUCUGCCAGUUGCAGAUAUUGGAACUUGCAUCAGUGCUGGAAAACCCACAACACCUUCUGCUUGUUGAGAUUAUUUUUUCUGUAAUAUUUCUGCCUCCUACUAUUAGAAAAAAAAAAAGGUACAUGUUACAUUGAGAUUUAUUACGUUGCUGUAAAUUCAGUGUCUGCAUCCAGAGCAGGGACUUGUGGGAUGUCACAGAAACCUAUCUGAUACGACUGCAAGCCAGCCUCAAGCUGUUCAAGCAGCGAAGGUAACUGCCGGUAUCAGAGAGAGUGUGCACUCGUUUUUCCUUUAUAGGCUUCCCUAUAUGUACAAUGCUGAAAUAAUUUGCACAAAUGAUUAUGAACAUGUUUUACAUGCCAUGUGCCUGUGCAGUGACAAUCUUGAAACCUGUUAAGCCUCGUAAAUGCAAUGAUAAGGAGCCAAAGCACUCGCAAUUUAUAGUCGAGUAACAACCACAUAAGCCAACAGAUAAUGAUAGCUUCAUGUGGUUGUUACUUGGCUUCAAAUGAAAAGGAACCCCUUGGUUGCCCUCAUUCUUCUUGCUCAUUUCAAAUUUAUGGGCACAAUGAAAGAACAGGACGAACCCGGAAUUUUCUUUUUUGUCAAAUGUGAACUUCGACCAACCCUCCAGUUUUAAUAUAAAGACCUUCAAAAACACCAAACCCUAGCUACCACUCGGUGAAAUGAUUGCCACGAGGCCACAAUGCCUCUAGCUGCAUUCGAAAGGCCAUGCAAUGUAAUGCUGGAUGUCAUCCCUUCAAUGCAUUUUUGCCAUUGGUCCCCCUACCAGCUCCCACACUCGGGCGGCACUACUUGCACUUGUGCAUGCCGCAGGCAGUCUCACUGUUCCCGAGUGCAUAUAAUCUUGUUGUUGUUAGAACGAGCGCACCUAUGGGAUGGGGGCUUAUUUGUCAUGCCUCUCCUUUGCAGGCUCUUGCUCAGCUUUCAAUCGCAUCAAUUGUACUCCACCACUCUCACAAUAGAAAAUCUUGUCCUUUUUAGCUCACAGUGUCCGACUGUGCAUUCCAGACGAUAGCUUAAGUGACAAGCAUUUUGCUUUUGGACAAUUUUGUUUCCAAUUUUAUCACCUUGACAAUUACGUUGCUGUUAAAGGAGUACCGACAUGACUUUUUCGGAUGCGUUUUUUUUUUUCCUUUAUUUAUUUUUGCAUUAAAUGAAUGUGCAAAUGCUUUACAGCUUAGGCAAAAUAUUGGAAAGCAUGAGAGCACCUUAAGUAAUUUACUAUAAUAAAACUUGCUUAUAUGAACCAGUUCUGGUUUUAGUACCAAGGAGGUCGAUACAUCAUGACAUCACAAUACAGUGGCUAUCUCCAGUCCUGUGAUUGCUACAGCUGUCACGAGCGAGUGCAACCAGAAAAAAUCCACAGCACUCUCGUUACUUCUUUUUUUUACUUUUUUAAUGUGCAUGAGCAUAACUAGCUUUAUUGCUACACGAAAAACCUUUUUUGACGUCACGAUAUUGCCGAUGGCGCGAGGUCUAGCAUUUUGAGACUUUAGUAUCAAAUUAAAAUAGUGUACAGGUGUUUCCCCAACCUUAAUAUUUGCUAAGUGGGGCACUGUCAUGCAUGUGAGAAGCAUGUAUACUCUGAUGUAAGAUUAAGUCAUGCUGAAGAUUCCUUACAAUCGCAGGGAACAGCAAUUUAGUUUGGGCCACGGUGUAAGAUAUAUACUCUUUAGGUGAGGACACUCGCGAGACACGAUCGACCAGAUAAAGUGUCAAAGGCGCGCACCGAUCCGCCCGGUGACGGCAGCGGAUACCUAUCGGCGGUACGACGCAACUUCAACACAGAAAACUUUUUAUUGGUUUAAUCUCCCAUUGGUAUAGCAACCGGCGCUUCGCGGGAAAUCCGAAAUCAUUGAGUGACACGCGAAAGUAGGUCACCGGGGAGGGGGGAGAACGUGGAGGAGAGAGCAUGCGUGCGUUUCUUGUCCGUGCAAGCUCACGCCUGCGUUCUAACUGAAGUUGCGUCGUUCCGCCGAUAGGUAUCCGCUGCCGUCACCGACCCGAUAGACGUGCGCCGUUGUUACUUUAUCUGUUCAAUCGCGUCUAGCAAGCAAGCCGAGAAGUGUCCCCACCUAAAAAGUAUAUAUCUUACACCGUGGUUUGGGCACAGCAGCAUCUUGCUUGAUGAAAAAGUUUUCAGAGCCUAGAUGUUGUAAAGAAUGAACUACAGCAUUCGAGGCAUUAUCAGCUGCAUCACAUGUUGACACAGCUGGUUCUUGUGACUCAUGAGCAGUGUUUGUACAUACAUCUACAACUAGGAAACUAUCCGUCAGCACUUCUUUGAAAUUUAUUCACUUAUGCAGGCAAUACAUUGUAUUCCCUACAAGCCAAGACAAAAGGAGAAGGUUGGCUCCUGACUGGGUCUUGGUCUUGCAGGGCGAAACAGCAGCAGCGACUCUCAAGGCACAGAAAAAUGUAAAAAGUGCAUGCCACUAACUCCUGUGUAGACUGUCCUGAGAAAAUUGUUUGUUUUUUCCAGUAAAACUCAUGCACUGUUAACGAGAAUGUGUAAGCAGCUGUGCAUAUGGUACUAAAAUCACAGUGCCCAAAGUUUGCACCCAUGCUCUGGACAGUGAAGGUGCUUGUAAUUUUUUUUCACUUGCUCCCUGAACAUAGCAAGGCAAGCAUACACCGUCAUAACUUUAUAUGCUUCAGAAAUUUUUCAUGUAAUAAUGGUAAGCUAGCUUGGCUAGAUAUAUUUAUGCACAAGUGGUAUGAAACAGUGACAUGCUUUUGAGCUUAAUGAAUUUUGUGUCACCUUUACUGGCUUUUUUGCCUCAUUUUGUGUACAAUGCUUUUUGCUCACCCAUGUGCUGUUAAUGCUGUUUUGCAUGUUGUUAUUGUUUAUUUUUCUUCGUUUCUGAAGUUACCUAUGCACUGCAAAUGCUUUCAUACAUGUUUUUUUGGUCAAUUCUUAAAUUCAGCCUAGCUCUAUAAUGCCAUGUAUGACUUUUUUUUUGCCCAUUGUUUUCAUUAUGUACUAGUUGGCAAAACUCUUAUAUGAUUGUUCACUUUAUUGCGCACAAUUUGUUGGCAUUACAGUGGGCAUUCAGGAAUAUACUUAUACUUGUUCGAUUUUGGCAGAUAGUUAUUAUAGUGUUUAUGAAAGUCAGAAAUAAACGUAAAUAUUUUUUACAUAUAUUUUUGUGGAAUGGUGACAAAUGUUGAACAGCUGAAUUUUAUUGUUGAUCGCAGAUUAGUGGAGGUUCAGUAAAUAAAUUUGCACUCAUCGGAUUCAAUGAUUGCAUCUUUUUGCUAGCGGAAACUGUGGUCAAAAACUUUCCGCCACUGUGUGUUGUUCCAGUGACUUGCAAUCAAUUGCUGUAAGCCUUUGUGACAUUAAAGAAUUCAGCUCUUACAA